UCUCUCUCUCUCUCUCUCUCUCUCUCUCUCUCUCUAUAUAUAUAUAUAUAUAAACACAUAUGAUAUGACAUAAUCUUCUGUUUAUGAUGAUAUAGGAGUUUAUAUCACUAGUACUGCUUCGUUCUCUCCUCUGAUCCUCCAUCAAAUCUCAAUUUCUGAACCGAAGAAAACAAAAUCAAACCUUCUUGAAGAAUCGGAGCAAUGGCGGGAAACGACUGGAUAAACAGUUACCUAGAAGCGAUCCUGGACGUGGGACCGCCCCUCGACGAUCCCAAAUCCUCCUUGUUGUUGAGAGAGCGAGGCCGUUUCAGUCCCACUCGUUACUUCGUCGAGGAGGUCAUCACCGGCUUCGACGAGACCGAUCUCCAUCGCUCCUGGGUUCAAGCUUCGGCUAUUCGGGAUUCGCAGGAGAGGAACACUAGGUUGGAGAACAUGUGUUGGAGGAUUUGGAAUUUGGCUCGCAAGAAGAAGCAGCUUGAAGGCGAGGAAGCUCAGUGUACAGCCAAAUGGCGAGUUGAACGUGAAAGAGGUCGUAGAGAGGCAACUGCUGAUAUGUCUGAAGACUUAUCAGAAGGGGAGAAAGGAGACCUUGUUAGUGACAUCCCAACUCAUGGUGGUACCCCUAGAGGCAGAAUGCACAGGAUACAUUCUGUUGAUGCGAUGGAGAACUGGGCUAAUCAACAAAAGGAAAAGAAACUUUACAUUGUGUUAAUAAGCCUCCAUGGCUUGAUACGUGGUGAAAAUAUGGAGCUUGGUCGGGAUUCUGAUACAGGUGGUCAGGUUAAGUAUGUCGUAGAACUUGCCAGGGCCUUGGGCGCAAUGCCUGGAGUUUAUAGGGUUGAUUUGUUGACGAGGCAGGUAGCCACACCAGAUGUCGAUUGGAGUUACGGUGAACCAACAGAAAUGUUAAGUCCGCUGAAACCCGAAAAUGAUAUCCAAACGACCGGGGAAAGUGGUGGUGCUUAUAUCGUUCGUAUCCCAUUUGGCCCAAAAGAUAAAUAUAUUUCCAAAGAGCUCCUAUGGCCUCACAUCCCUGAAUUUGUGGAUGGUGCACUUGGUCACAUUAUCCAGAUGUCUAAAGUUCUUGGUGAGCAAAUCGGUGGUGGAGAACCAGUCUGGCCUGUUGCCAUCCAUGGGCAUUACGCUGAUGCAGGUGACUCUGCCGCUCUUCUUUCUGGAGCCCUAAAUGUCCCUAUGCUUUUAACUGGCCACUCACUUGGACGAGACAAGCUUGAACAACUUUUGAAACAAGGGAGGCAAUCAAGGGAAGAAGUAAAUGCUACGUACAGAAUAAUGCGGCGUAUAGAAGCUGAGGAGCUAUCUCUUGAUGCUUCCGACGUUGUUAUUACUAGCACUAGACAGGAAAUAGAAGAGCAAUGGCGGCUGUAUGAUGGGUUUGAUCCUGUACUAGAGCGCAAACUAAGAGCAAGAAUCAAACGCAAUGUUAGCUGUUAUGGAAGGUUUAUGCCACGCAUGGUUGUGAUUCCUCCUGGAAUGGAAUUCCAUCACAUUGUUCCUCAUGAUGCUGAUAUGGAACGGGAAAUAGAAGGAGAUGAGGAUAAUCCUGCAAGUCCAGAUCCACCUGUUUGGUCUGAGAUAAUGCGUUUUUUUAGCAAUCCUCGCAAGCCUAUGAUACUUGCACUUGCCAGGCCAGACCCUAAAAAGAACGUCACAACUUUAGUCAAAGCUUUUGGAGAGUGCAAGCCAUUGAGGGAACUUGCUAACCUUACAUUAAUAAUGGGAAACCGAGAUGCUAUUGAUGAAAUGUCUAGCACAAAUGCAUCAGUUCUUCUUUCGAUACUGAAACUGAUCGACAAAUAUGAUCUGUAUGGUCAAGUGGCGUAUCCUAAACACCACAAGCAGCAUGAAGUUGCUGACAUUUAUCGUCUUGCAGCAAAGACAAAGGGCGUUUUCAUCAAUCCAGCUUUCAUUGAGCCGUUUGGGCUCACUCUUAUUGAGGCAGCAGCUCAUGGUUUGCCUAUUGUUGCCACAAAAAAUGGAGGUCCCGUUGAUAUUAAUAAGGUCCUUGAUAAUGGUCUGCUAGUUGACCCGCAUGAUCAGCAGUCAAUUGCUGAUGCUCUUCUGAAGCUUGUUUCAAAUAAGCAACUUUGGGCGAGGUGUAGACAGAAUGGAUUGAACAAUAUUCACCUUUUCUCAUGGCCAGAGCAUUGUAAGACAUACUUAUCUCGAAUCACCAGCUGUAAACCAAGGAAGCCACAGUGGCAGAAAAGUGAUGAUGGAUUUGAGACGUCAGAAUCGGAUUCACCAGGCGAUUCCUUGAGGGAUAUUAAGGAUCUAUCUCUAAAUUUGAAGCUUUCAUUGGAUGGAGAAAAAAUUGAAGGAAGUGGCACAUUUGAUAAUGCUUUAGGCUCUGAAGAGAACGCUACUGAUGGAAAUAGCAGACUAGUGAAUGCAGUUUUGGAACUAUCGAAGGAUGCGGAAAAAAACCCAGAAAGGGCUAGUUCCAUAGAGAAAGCAGACUCUAACAUGAGCAAAUCUCUAACAUUAAGGAGGAGGAAGUUCAUCUUUGUUAUUUCCCUGGAUUUUGAGAUGAAUUCUGAUUUUCUUGAUGCCAUAAAAGUCAUUGUUGAGGCUGCAGCAUACUAUAAUGCUGGUUCCAUAGGCUUCAUAUUGUCCACAGCCUCAAGCAUAUCUGAAAUAAUCUCUCUUUUGGAGUCAGGAGGCCUUAGUCCUAUGGACUUUGAUGCUUUUAUAUGCAACAGUGGUAGUGAACUCUAUUAUCCCUCCUCAAACUCUGAAGGUGGGCCUUCAGGGCUUCCUGUCAUACCGGACUUUGACUAUCAUUCGCAUAUUGGUUAUCGUUGGGGUGGAGAAGGUUUGCGGAAAACAUUGGUUCGCUGGGCUGCUAAUAUCAAUGAGAAAAAAGGAGCAAAUGGAGAGCAAAUUGUUGAAGCUGAAUCUGGAUCGGCUACACAUUGCUGUGCAUUCAAAUUGGCAAAUCCAGAAAUGGUUCCCCCUGCUAAGGAACUUCGGAAACUGUUGCGAAUUCAGGGUCUGCGAUGCCAUGCCAUUUAUUGUCAGAAUGGUACAAAGAUAAACGUGAUCCCCGUGCUGGCUUCGCGAGCUCAAGCCCUCAGGUACCUGUAUGUUCGAUGGGGUGUAGAUUUGUCAAGAUUAGUGGUCUUUGUAGGAGAAUCUGGGGACACAGACUAUGAAGAAUUGAUAGGUGGAGUCCACAAAACUGUGAUAGUGAAGGGGGUUUGCAGUGGUGCAAGUAAACUACAUACAAACAGAAACUAUCCUCUCGAGCAUGUUGUGCCAUUUGACAGCCCCAAUCUUGUCAAGUCCGAAGGAUGCACCAGCAGCAACAUCAAAGCAGCAUUAGAAAAGCUAGGCGUUCUCAAUGGAUAAAAACCACAGAUUAGGCAGGACUAGCAUUUCCAUGGUUACGCAGAAGUCAAGAGCUUUCCAGUGCGGAUGUCAUGUUUUUGCAUAGGAGGAGGUUCAAUUUGGAAUCAUUGAUUUGUUUAUUGAAUUACUCUGUUUAAUUGGCUAAUAAUUUGCCCAUGCAAAGUACAAGACUAUAUACUGUAUUUGAAGGAUAACAACGAAUGGAUUCAUACCAUCAUACUUAGGAUGACCCCUUUGGAUUUCCACCUGAUGGUCAUCUCCAUUUGCCCCGCUUUGCCAAAGCUGAACCAUCUCGAUGAACAUUGAACCAUCUUGAUGAACAUCUUAGGGUGCCUCCGGAAGCCAUGCGUAGCCCUUUGAGGUGGAUCCGUGGUAGUCUGCCAUUUUUUUUUUAUACUCUUGCUUCAUGUUUUGUUGUCGGGAAGUUAAAUGCAACUUAUCAUUCUUGACCUGGAGUCGCAAGUUUUGUUUGCUCAAAUUCGAUACUGUAAUACGGGUUUGAGUCUUGGAAAUCAAUCCCUCUCACUAGAACAUAGAAAGGAGGUUGCCUAUUACCUUUUCAAGAUCCGGUCGUAAGCACGAGUUUUGUGCGCCGGGUGUUUUUUUCGUUCUGCAUGCCCAAACGUUCUAUACUUUCUGAAUUAGAUUUGCUUUUU